AUGAUGGAUGACAAUGUUGUGCCUUCAAGCAUAAUCAAAUUACUAUAUGAUAAAAGUUAGGAUAAGAAACAAUAAGGAUGUUAAUAAUUAAGAUUAUUAGUUCAAUCUUAUGCAAUAAAUGGAAAAGAAUUGUUAAUUAAAUAAAUAAUAGAAACUUUAAAAAUAAAAUUUACAACUUCAUCUUAAUUGUACUUAAAAAGAUAGGGAAUGUAUGCAAUAUAAACGGUGGCAGAAAUAUUAGUGAAAGAAGUAAUUGGAAUAUUGAUAAAUAGUAUCCAUAAUUAGCUGAGAGAUGCGUUAAAGAUUUAACAUCACCAAUUUUAGAAUGUUUAAAUGAUAAAGAAGAUAAGGCUAGAUAAUAUGCAGUUGAAUGCUUACUACAAUUAACAAAGAUAAUGAGAACAAUGAUACUUUUGAAUUUUAAUGAGAUAUUUGAUUAUUAAUUAGGUAGAUCAGCAGAAUAAGAUAGUUAAAUUGUUUAAGCAAUGCUUUUGUUGGAUGCUCAACUAAAAACUCAAGUAUAAAUAGCUGUUUAGGAGAAACUUAAUGACCCUGGAAAACAAUGCUAUUUUAACUUAAACUCUUUUAUGAUUUAGUUAUAAAGUAAAUUGAAGACAAGAGUAACUUAUGUUAGAUAAUUUCUACUUGGAUGGAUUAAAGUUUUAAAUCAAUGUCAUAAUAAUGAUUUAUACAUUUAUUUUCCAAUGAUUUUAGAAGGUAUAUUUAUGAUGUUAGGAGAAUCAAACAAGUAAAAUAAAACAAUAAAAUUAGGGAAGAUCAUAGUGGUGCUGAUGUUUCAAUAUUUUGA